UUGUACAUGCAAGUGAACUCUUGUGCUCUUGCAUAGAUGAUUCAGCAACAUCAAUUUCGGUAAUCCAUAGCAAUGCUCCCUAGGAUGUGGGCUGUGACUGUAGACCGCCUACUGCUCCUUCCUCCCCCAUUUCCUCUGCUCACUGCAAAUGGACAGUGCAUCCUGUGAUUGCUGCAGGUGAUCAAAGGCAGGUGACAGAAAGCUUGUUCCCUGUCCUGGUGCAUCUAUAUUCAGUUGAAAUAAACCAGUGUGAAGUUGAUAAUAUCAAAUUUAAGCAAAAUGAGAGCUGCUUAAAUAUUGGAAUGUGUUUACAUCACUUCAAUAUGCACACAAGUUUAGGGUAUUUUUCUUUAGCAGGUACUACAAUGAUGCUGUGACGUUUAGGAUGAGCAUCGUGGAUGCAACCCUGAAGGUUGGUCAGGUUCUACGGCAGGCUCCUUUUGAGUAAAACUUGGACGAGCAGGGUAAGUUGAGAAGUAGCAUCGAUUCUAGUGACAUUCCUUGCCUUACUCCGCAAUCCUAUGCUGAAGAAAUCGCGCCAGUGGGCGAAUCUAGGCCUUAUGGCAAUUAAGCCAGGGACUUGGCUAUGGGUCUGGAGGAAGCUGGUUGCGAUGGUCUUGAUCUCUGCGGGUGCAUUUGGUCAGCAACCAGGAACCCUCGAGUGUCCGCUGGACUUCACCGUGCUGGACAAGUUCCCGACGGUGGCAGAGCAAGCUCGGGAUACUGGCAGUCAAUGCGUGAUUCUCCUGAAUGGCUUAGAGAUGUUGCUUGCAGCCUAUCUCCGCAACACCUCCUUCUUUCAGCUGCCUCCUGAGGUUGUUCCAGCCUGUCUCCAAGGCUACAGGGCGCAUCUUAUCUAUCUGGGAGCUGAUGUUAAUGUCACCAGAUGCGAAGAUGAGUUGCCCUCCAUUUUGUCUAGGGGAACAGACAAUUGCCAAGGUAUUCAACGAUCCUCUGAUUUUGCAACAAUCGCCUCCCAGUACGUUUCCUUCAGCUCGGUGCAGCAGAGAUGUGCAGGAGUUCUGGAAGAAGCGAAUUCUCGUCAAAACAAGAACUGCCAAGCGUGUUUCAAGCAGGUGGCGAGCUUGACGGCCGAUUUGCAAGCCUUCAAUCUCAGCGGUGUGAAACGAGGGUGUCAGAAUUAUUCUAGUAUGUAUGUGGCUGCCAUGAUCAACAGAGCAGGGCCUCUUGACCCCAAUACCGCGGCGUGUAUGUUCUCCAUCUUCCCAAUUUCCAAGGGCAGUAGGAAUUUGAUGGACAUCUAUAUAGCAUUGGGCACCGUAGUCAUCGCACUAUUGAGCUUUGCGGUUGCACUGAGUUUCUACUAUAAGCACCGCCGUCGCAAGCUUGCUGAGGAGAAAGCUAUGGUAAAGAGGAAUAUUGACCUCCUGGAAGGGUCCAUGCGAACUGGGGAGGGGUCUAUCAUCUUCACCGUUGAGGAAAUCAAAGCUGCUACUUGCAACUUUUCACGGGAGAUGAUUCUCGGCUCUGGUGCUUAUGGAAAUGUGUACAAAGGGGUCUUGACAAGCGGCGUGGAAGUUGCCAUAAAGAGAUUCAAGAAUUGUUCACCAGCAGGGGACAAAGAUUUCGUGCACGAAGUGGAGAUGAUCUCCAGCGUACGCCAUAGAAACCUUGUGGUGCUGCGAGGAUGCUGUGUGGCGAGUAGAGGAGUGGUUGAGGGCCACCAACGCAUGAUCAUCAUGGACUACCUGCCAAACGGGAGCCUCCAGGAUGUCUUAAAACCCAGCAAGCCAUCUUUAGAUUGGCUCACACGGCAGAGAAUUGCCAUCGGUGUUGCUAGAGGUCUCGACUAUCUGCACCAUGGCUUGCAACCUGCCAUUUUGCACCGGGAUAUCAAGAGCAGCAACAUCCUGCUGGAUGCUGAAUACAAUGCCUGUGUUGCUGACUUCGGGCUGGCGAGAUUUACUCCCGAAGGUGUGACACAUGUGUCCACUCGAGCUGCGGGAACAUUUGGGUAUGUGGCACCAGAGUACACUAUGUAUGGGCAGUUGACGGAGAAGAGCGAUGUGUACAGCUUUGGCGUGGUAUUGCUGGAGCUCAUCAGUGGCCGCAAAGCGCUGAAUGAAGUUGGGGACUUCACCCUCAUCACUGACUGGGCGUGGGCUCUGGUGAAGGCGGGGAAAUGGAACGAGGUGUUGGAUGCGAGGAUGGGACUCCGAGGACCGGCGGAGGACAUGGAGAGAUUUGUGAUGCUUGCGCUGUUGUGUGCACAUCCUCUGGUAGCAUGCAGGCCCAACAUGACAAGCGCUUUGCGAAUCUUGGAGAAUUGUCAGACAUUGCCCAGUAUCCCGGACCGGCCUAUCCCAUUAACGGCGCAUGGAGAGAAUAUCACAGGAGCAAGCGUGCAAUGCGUUACUGGAAGCAGAGCAGGUACUACUCCAAAGUCAAUAUUAUCCAGUGACGGAGGGUUUCGGUUUUUCGGUUCCAGUUUCGAAGAAGGUAGCAGUCUGGAAGGUCAAUGAUUUUUUCAGACACUUUACCACGUUUCAGAUUAUUUUGUUUGGAAAAUUCUGUGUACCUCCGAAUUAGGCGAGCUUUUUUCCUCCGUUGCAUCUAGUUAGGACAGGUUCGCGUCGGUGAAAUUUGAUCACUCAAUACGCACAUGCCACUGCGGAGAUAAUGGAGUGGCUGUGAAAUCCACUCCGAUAGAGCAAAAAGCUGGCAGCACAGUUCCCGAGCGACUUUGGAGGAAUACAAAAGCAGAGCUGCUUCAGCAUUCGGUAAUCACAAACUUCUCUACUUUGCAUGAUUGUUUUGUUCGAGUAAAACUAGAUGUGUAUGGUCUUCAGCAAAAUCCAACCGGGUCAUGUGUAUUCCUUUCGUCCCAGUCCAUCGUGUGCUGACUCUAAGAUUAGUAUAUUAUGUAACAUACUAUCCUUGGCAACUUUUCUGCAGGGCAAUUUAGUGACUUGGGUGUCUAGACAUAUUUCAAAUUAGGUUAUAUUAAGCUUUCCAGUUGUCGCAAGUUUUUCUAUCUUGUCUUAAACGGAAGGUCAUCACACUAUAUUUUUUUUCACUCUACCAUAGUCAUUUGUGUGAGAGGUGAACAGUUAUUUGUAGCCUGUUGUGAAAAUGUGUCGGUUCUGAGAUGUAGAUUUAGGGCUUGAUGGUAUUCUGGAUUUCCAUCCUGCGACUCCUUUUUAUUCCCUGUUCCCUUCCUGUUACUCCUUCUCUUCCAAGCUCUGUAAAAGUAAACCUUAUUAACACGUCCUUUACCCUGCCCAUCCGUGAAUUUUUCAAUAUGGCCAUGCAGAUGAUUCUCGAGCCAAUUUUUCAUGGAUUUUGUAGUUGAAUAUUUAGUCUAGUAAGAUAUGAAGCCCAUGAGAUGAUGAUACAUUAGAAAGUACAUGCAGGAUCGAGAAAAUUUUCAUAAAUCAGAAAUCAAACUUAAUAAUUUGAUGGAAUAUUAUUCAACUUAGUGACAGUAUGCAGGAGUCCGUUAUAACAGAGAACGAGUAUAUGACGUCAAAGUAGUUUGCAGCAGCAGUUUAAUGAGGCUGCGAGAGAUGCCACCCUUUCGAUGAGCCAUGGCUAAUAUUUCUACCACUCUGUCCCGUAUUUCUCCUCAUGCAUCGUCGUCAUCCCAUAAUACAACCAAGAGCAGGUGGCGAUUAAUGUUGGGGUUCAAUGUGUCAUCAUCAUCCGCUGUACGAGGAGGCUCCUGCGCGAUAAGUUUCAGCACCAGCUCCUACAUUCCUCUUUGACCCAACCUCUUCCCACAACAUGAGAUGUUUUGGGUAGGUCUCGAACAAAGAGAAACCUUAUUUUAAAAGCAAUAUUUUGUGUUUUGUUUCGACGUUUCUUCUCUUUCGUCUUCUUUGCUGCUGCUUCAAAAGAAUCGUUUUACAUUGCUUCCUCGUAUUAUUGAGCCUGGAUUCAAUUUCCAGGAUUUGAAUUCACUGUUUCUUCUACUAUUGAACGUUCCGCAGUUUAGCUAGGCUUCUUCAUAGGUUCAAUUGUAAACUUUUAUUCGAUAGUUAAUCACUCGAUAAUUGGCUCUCGACUUGUCUUGAAAAGGAGUAAUGAAUUGGAUUCUCAUC